ACUAAUUUCAUUCUAAAUCGGAAAAAUUCAUUAUGUAACUUGAUAGCUGAUAAGUUCAAGCUUCUCUUAGAAAAAGAAAGUGCGCGAUUUUGUUUGUUUGGUAUCAACGUUAAAUUAAAUUUCCGAAAAGGAAAAAACUGUGCAGGUUCAAAAAAACUUGUGUGAUAUGUGUAAUACAAGUGCUUUAAAAUUACGUUAGUUGAUUUGAUAAAUUUCGGAACGGUGAUUUUAAUUUCGAGAAUAUAUCAUGCUCAAGAAGACCAAUCGAAGUUGAAGAAGAAAAUGAUUCCUUUUUGAAAGGUACGAUAACAGGCAAUAAAAAAUGGAUCGUUUACAACAACGUCGAAAGAAAAAGUUUAUAAGAAUGCUUUGUGCUUUUGAAACACUAUGGACUUUUUCGAUCACCCUUACUACAAGCUCAACAAAAGACUAUUAUUACUUGUAGGACAAUGGCCAUAUCAGGAAUCCAGUGAACGUCGUUUUCGCAUUUUCAUUGUGUCCUUCUCAUUAUUCAGUUUUCUUUUUACACAGAUAUUCUUGUUUUUUACUUGUAACGGAGAUAUCGAAAUUAUUAUCGAAUCUAUGGCACCUGUAUCUGCAGUAAUGGUUGGCAUCAUUAAAUACUAUACUCUCCAAUUUAACAGAGAUAAAAUAAAACAACUUUUGGAUCAUUUAAUAUACAAUUGGAAAUUAUGUAGGACGAAAGAAGAGUUGGAAAUUAUGCAUAAAUUUGGAAAAGAGACUAAAUUAUUUACUUUAUGUUAUACAAUGUACAUAUAUGUAUGUAUGACCAUGUUUCUCUUGCUACCAAUUUUUCCACUUGUUCUGGAUAUCGUCGUACCUUUGAAUGAAUCACGUCCUUUAAAACCAAUAUUUAAAGGCGAAUAUUUCAUCGACGAGGAUAAACAUUUUUUCCCAGUUUAUUUUCACAUGAGUAUAAGCAUAGCGAUUUCUAUAACAGCGUUAAUUACAGGAGAUGCACUCUUUUUGAUGUUUAAUUCACAUAUUUGUGGUAUAUUUGCAGCAGUUGGAUGUCGUUUGGAAAACUUUUUAAAGGAUCAAAUAGAUUCCAAAUAUUCUAUAAAUAAUAUAUCGAAAGAUAAGUGUCUCGAAAAUGUUCGAUAUUCUAUCAGAAAUCAUAAAAGUGCAUUAAAGUUUGCCGAACUCAUUGAGUCUUUUUACUCGGUGUCGUUACUUCUGCAAGCUGGCUUGAGUUUGAUAUGCAUGAGUAUCUCUUUGUUCGAAAUGUUGAUAGUUGUGGAAAAUAGAGCAGAAGCAUUUAGGUAUUUCAAUUUUGCAGUUGCUCAAUUGCUUCAUCUUUUCUGUAUGUGUUAUCCUGGUCAAAGAAUGAUUGAUUAUAGCACUGAUAUACGUAUUAAAGCAUAUAAUGGACUAUGGUAUGAAGCACCAUUGUCGAUACAUAAAUUAUUGAUAUUGGUAAUACGAAAAAGUUUGGAACCAUCUUAUUUGACUGCUGGAAAAAUAUUUAUAUUUUGUUUAGAAACUUUUGCAACGGUAUGGACAAUAACCAUGGAGGUUUUCGAGCAUCCUUACUAUAGACUUAACAGACGUCUCUUGUUACUAGUAGGACAAUGGCCUUAUCAGGAUAAGUUCGAUCGAGUUUUUCGUAUGUGCUUUGUGAUUAGCCUGUUGAUUAGUUUUGGUGUUACUCAGAUAUCCUUGUUGUACACUAAUGGAAACGUUGAUACAUUGAUAGAAAUUAUACCUCCUAUAACUUCAUUGAUAACUAUCACCUCCAAAUAUUCCAUGUUUUAUAUAUCCAGAAAUAAUAUUAAAAAUCUUUUCGAACGUAUAAUAAAACAUUGGAAAUUAUGGGAGUCCAAAGAAGAAAUAGAUAUCAUGCGUGAAUAUAGCGAGGAAGGACAAUUGUUAACUUUUUUGUAUACAUCAUAUAUAUACUCGUGCAUGACGUUGUUCCUUUUAAUGCCAUUUUUUCCAUGUAUCAUGGAUGUAAUUGUACCAUUAAACGACUCUCGACCUUUGAGACCAAUAUUUAAAAGCGAAUAUUUUAUCGAUGAAGAUCAACAUUUCUUUCCAAUCUACUUUCACAUGAGCAUAGUAAUCGUUAUUGGAAUAACAGUAUUAAUAUCAGCUGAUAUCCUUUUGUUGGUAUUCAACUCACACGUUUGCGGUAUAUUCACAGCAGUGGGAUUUCGUCUGGAACAUUUGUUAAAGAGUCAAACUGAUUUGACAACUUUGUUAGAUCAUCGUUCUCGAAGGAUGUGCUUUGAACAUGUCAUCCGUACCAUUGAAAUACAUAAAAGGGCAUUAGAGUUCGCUGAACUCAUUGAAUCUUCUUAUUCGUUUUUUUUACUUUUCCAAGUUGGCUCGAGUUUGGUGUGCAUGAGUCUUUCUUUAUAUCAAAUACUAAUAGUGUUGAAAAAAUCGAGUGAAGCGUUCAGAUAUAUAGCCUUUGCAGCUGCUCAACUCGUUCACAUUUUUUGCAUGUGUUAUCCUGGUCAAAAGAUAAUCGAUUAUAGCAGCGAUAUAUGUAUUAAAGCGUAUAGCGGACUGUGGUAUGAGGCACCAAUCGAAAUACACAGAUUAAUAUUAUUAGUAAUCCGUAGAAGUCUCCAGCCAUGUUAUUUAACUGCUGGAAAAACAUUCAUAUUUUGUUUAGAAAGCUUUUCAACGAUCGUGCAAACUUCCACUUCGUAUUUUAUGGUAAUUUCAUCGAUAGCAUUGAUUUGUUCCUGUAAUGGAAAUAUCGAUGUGAUACUCGAAAGUAUACCAUUUAUAUCUUGUUUUAUUAUUAUCGCAAUUAAAUAUUACACCUAUCAGAUGCAGAGAAGUAAAAUUCAAGAUCUUUUGAAACAUAUUGUUAACAAUUGGCAAAUAUUGGAAACUCGAAAAGAAAUGGAUAUCAUGCAUCAAUUUGCCAGCGAAGGGAAAUUUUUCACAUUUCGUCUAGAACACUUGUUGCACGAUCAGUUCGAUUCACAAUUUUUAUUGAAUCGUCAAACAAGAAAAAUGGUUUUCAAUGACGUAAUACAUUCUAUUAAAAAUCAUAAAAAAGCAUUGGAGUUAUUUCUAAGAUUGUUCACUUCUAAGGAAGAUAUAGACGUUAUAUUAAAAGUUAUUCCUGUUUGGGGUAUAUCAGUGAACACCGUUAUCAAAUAUUAUACUUAUCAUUUAGGUCUGUGUAAUGUAAGUGUGCGAUUAAGAUUGGAAACUAUGAUUCUUUUUAUUUCUUUUCUUUUUUUUUUUUUUUGUUUUUUCUUCCAGAUGAAAACAUUAUUAAAUGAUAUUAUCAUUGAUUGGAAGAUUUGGAAUACUGAAAAAGAAGUUGAAAUUAUGAAGAUGUACGCUAAGGAAGGACGAUUUUAUAUUUUAAUGUACACUGGAUAUGUAUACUUUACCUCGAUAGUAUUUUUUAGUAUUGCCUUCGUGCCACGUCUGAUGGAUGUAAUUCAACCUCUUAAUGAAUCUCGUCCUUUGAAAUUACCCAUUUUAUGCGAAUAUUUCCUUGAUCAGGAUGAACAUUUUUAUUUACUUUAUUUCCAUCUGUUUAUUUCGCUAUUAAUCACUGUAACAGCUUUAAUAGCAGUCGAUACCCAACUUAUGAUCUUUACUUUUCACGUUUGUAGUAUAUUUGCGGUCGUAGGAUAUCGUCUGGAAAAUUUUCUAAAGGAUGCUUAUGGAAUAGAGAAUUGGACUAAUGAUCAAUGUAAAAAAUAUACAGAAAAUCUCGUUUUUUCCAUUAAAGGUCAUAAAAGGGCUAUAGAGUUCGCCAAUUGUAUCGAAUCAACGUUUUCAUAUUCUUUGCUUAUACAAUGCGGUGUCAACAUAACUUGCAUGACCAUUUCUUUAUAUCAAAUUACCAAUGAAUGGGGGGAAGAAUUACCUGAAGUUUUACGAUAUGCUACCUUUAUAGUUGCUCAACUAUUCCACAUGUUUUAUACUUGUUAUGUUGGACAAAUGAUGAUAGAUCAUAGUGUUAAUAUAAGUGAAAAAGCAUACAAUUCAAUGUGGUACGAAGCACCAAAAGAAAUAAAUAAAUUAUUACUAUUAAUAAUGAAAAAAAGUAUCGAACCAUCGAAUUUGACUGCUGGAAAAAUCUUUAUCUUUUGUAUAGAAAGUUUUUCAUCGAUCUUACGCACGUCGACAUCAUACUUCAUGGUACUUUCGUCAGUACAUUAAUCGAGAACGAUCUUUAAAAAAAUUGUAGUUUUAUUUAUUAAAAUGCAAUUCUCUUGUUUACCU